UUUAUGAGAGUCAAGCAUGUUGUUGUGGAGAAGACUUGAUCCCAUACCACAUGUCUAUGAGGAACAAAACUCAAACUGCGAGAAUGCAAUGUGGAGCCCUGUCAUUUGGUAUUCUUCUUUCAAUAGGAUUAUCAUAUGUCAUAAUGGAUACAAGCUGUGUGACUAUAGGGAUAUUGAAACAAGCAACAUAACUCACUCUCUCCCAUAACAAUUAUAAAAAGAAAACCACCUUGAGUAGACUUUCUGAAUGUAAUACAAGUUUACAAAUAAUUUGUAGAUCUUUUGUUUUUCAACUCUAUUGGUAACAUCCACAAACGCACAUUGCAGAAAAUCCCUUUGAGUACUAGGAAUGUGGAAUUUCUUCUACUUGCCCUGGUUCACUUUACAAAUGUGAUAUGAUUCACGCUAUAGGAAAACCUACGAAUGCAAUCUGAGUCCUUCUAGUGCUCUUCAAACACGUUAAAACCCUCAUAUAGAAAAAAGGAUGCUAUAAAUGUGAGCCGUGUAAUAAAUGCUCUUACCAUCACAGGUAUCGUCAAAGACACAAAACAGCCCAUUAUGAAGAGGAACACCAUGAACGUAAACAAAGUGAUAAAACCUCAAGAUCUGAUUCCUCUUUAUUAUUAGACCCAAUUGUAAAAUUAAUUCACACAGGUAAAUGGAUUCAUCAGUGUAAUGAAUGUGGUAAAGCUUUCACAUGAGCCAAUUAUCUUUGCAGGCAUGAAAGAAAUCAUACUGGAGAGAAACACUCUGAAUAUACUCAACCUGUUGAAACCUUUGCAUAUCAGAGCCACUCACAGAGGUUUGAAAGAAUUCAUUUUGGAGAGACACCCUGUGAAGAUAUUCAAUAUGGUGAACUUUGCACAUCACAGUAGUCUCCAGUAUCAUAAAAGAACAUAUGCUAGAAAGAAAGCCUGUGAAUGUAGCCAUUGUGGUAAAGCCUUUGCAUGUCCCAGUUCUCUUCAAAGGCAUGAAAGAAUUCAUACAGGAGAGAAGCCCUAUGAAUGUAACCAAUGUGGUAAAGCCUUUGCACGUAACAGUCAUCUCUUAAUACAUAAACGAACACAUACUGGAGAGAAACCCUAUGAAUGUAGCCAAUGUGGUAAAGCCUUUGCAAGUCAUGGUAAUCUACAAAUGCAUAAAAGAACACAUACUGGAGAGAAACCCUAUGAAUGUAAUCAAUGUGGUAAAGCCUUUUCAAGUCACGGUAAUCUACGAACACAUAAAAGGACACACACUGGAGAGAAGCCCUACGAAUGUACCCAGUGUGGUAAAGCCUUUGCAAGUCUCAGCCAUCUUCAAAGUCAUACAAGAACACAUACUGGAGAAAAACCCUAUAAAUGUAACCAAUGUGGAAAAGCCUUUGCACAUCAUAAUGAAUUUCGAAUACAUAAAAGAACACAUACUGGAGAGAGACCCUAUAAAUGUAAUCAGUGUGGUAAAGCCUUUUCACAACAAAGUAGCCUCUGCAAACAUAAAAGAACACAUACCGGAGAGAAACCCUAUGGAUGUAACCAGUGUGGUAAAGCCUUUGCAAGUCACGGUAAUCUACGAACACAUAAAAGGACACACACUGGAGAGAAACCAUAUGAAUGUAACCAGUGUGGUAAAGCCUUUGCAAGUCACAGUCAUCUUCAGAGGCAUGUAAGGACACACACUGGAGAGAAGCCCUUUGGAUGUAACCAGUGUGGUAAAGCCUUUGCACGUAGCAGUCAUCUCCUGAUACAUAAAAGAACACAUACUGGAGAGAAACCCUAUGAAUGUAACAAAUGUCAUAAAGCCUUUGCAAGUCACAGUCAUCUUCAAAGGCAUAAAAGAACACAUACUGGAGAGAAACCCUAAAAAUGUAAUCAAUGUGUUAAAGCCUUUGCACAUCACAAUCAUCUUCAAAUAUAUAAAAGAACACAUACUGGAGAGAAGCCUUUUCAAUGUAACCACUGUGGCAAAGCCUUUGCAUGUAACAGUCAUCGAAUACAUAAAAGAACACAUACUGAAGAGAAAAACCUAUGAAUGUAGUCAGUGUGAUAAAACUUUUGCAUGCCACAGUUAUCUUUAAAGGUGUGAAAGGAUUCAUACUGGAGAGAAACUCUGUGAGUGUAUUUAAUAUGGUGAAGCCUUUUCACAUUUCUAUAGUCUUUAUCACCAUGAAAUAAUUCAUACUGGAGAGAAACCUUAUGAAUAUAUUUAAUAAAGUAAAGCCUUUGCACAUUUCUGUCGAAGGCCAGCUUCAACAU